CACGAGACCUAGCCGGGAGGCGCGGCAGAUGCCGUCGCAACGGGCUGCUGGCUCGACGGUGGCGGUGUGGUCCAAUACUCCUCGCUGCCGAAAACCAAGUUCUACUUGAAGAGCCAUCGAGGUACAUAAGAACGGCGUCAAUAACCUGCUGACAUCCAUCAGACGUAUUUUGAAGUAUGUGUGCGCCAAGCCACGCUUCUGCUCCGAUCUGAAACAUCAUGGAGGUGAAUCGGAAGUUCAAAUUCCAACGCUGCCACGGAAACCAGUGAGCAAGACACAUCACUUCACGAAGAUACGGCUAUCUUCAAAACAAGCACCGAGCGGAAUGAAGGCUUUGGCUGCAGCCAACGUUUCUUGGCACAAUUUGCAGAAAUGACCCAUAAAGCUCCCACCACGUACUCAAAUAGAACCCUACACACACUAUCACUUUCUUUUCUGUAUAAUCUGUUGCAAAUACUGUAACGUUUAUUUAUGUUUGUUUCAUUUGUGAAAGCUAGAAAUGACUAGGUCCUACUGUUUCUGGCUAUCGAAAUA